UCACUUUCAUGAAUCAACAGUUUCGUUUUUCUUUUCCAAUCAUUCGACAAAAUUUUCCGAAGCAAUUCAGUGAAGUGAAAUAAAUUAGACUUGAAUUAUUUUUUGUAAAUUUUUUCAACGUUUUCCCAACCAAACUGUAAGUGCUUUUUCAAAACCAAACAAGACAGUUCACAAGAGUGCCAAAAAAACACAAAUCACAAAAUAUGUGGGAAGAGCUUGCCAGCUAUAAGAAUCAUUUUCUCCAACUCGAAGUGAAGCAUAUGAAGCAUGAAACUGUAAACAAUUUGGUUACCAAAGAGUACCAACAGGUGCAGUCGAAACGUUGUCGUUGCAAAUGUCCGGACGAUGCGAAAUGCGAAAGUUCCACCUAUUUUCGUGAUCAUGCCGCAUUGGCAUACGGGUUUCAAUGUGUUGAAAAAUUAAUACAAGAUAUGUGUAGUGACGAUCCGCUGCUGCGUUGGCAGGGCGUUAAUUCAUUAAGCGAGGUCAUGCUCAAUCCAUGGCAAGCGCAACGUGCCAUCUUGCAAUACGAUUUGGUGAGGAAGUGCAAAAAUAUGUUCCUUCGCAUACAGCACGGUUAUCUCGAGGAAUACUACCAUGAACGCCGACAAUUGAUGAAAAUAUUUUAUUUAAUUUCGGGUUAUUUGAAUGGGGCUCAUGCUAUUUUGUCGACCAUACAUUUGGUACAAGAAUUCUACUUGAUUGUCUAUAAUCAUGAGAGUACACGUUAUUUAGCUUGCAAGAUUCUGCGCAAUUUGACGGAGAAAACGGAGAUUCUCCUCUAUAUGCUCAAUGAAACAAGAUCUUUUCAAAAUCUUUCAAUUAUUUUCAAUACUGAUCCCUGCACACCCUUCUAUCCCAACGCAUUGUGGGAGCAUUUGUGUCAUUUCCUAGAGAUCGCACCGAAGAUGGCCAUACAAGCGGGCUACUUUGAAUUACUCUAUGAACGCAUAAAGAGUAGAAUGCUCUUCUAUCACGAGCUCUGUAUGAAAUGCUUUGCCAUGCUUUUGCGCUGUGAAGACGGUCAACAACGCUUCGAUAAGAUUGAUGGUGUGAAAUUGUUGUAUGACAUAAUUGCAGAUAAGCAGAAAAAAUUGGAUAACUAUGAAUUCGUGAUGUUGGCUUUGCAGCAUGGUUUGGUGAGCAAUCGUUCGCUGUGGCGUUGUCGAGAGUUUACCGAUCUGCCGAAUCGUGUUAUAGCGUUAGCAAAGUUGGAGAAUAAAAAUUUGCAAUUGACAUGUUUUAAGUCUCUUCGUUUACUCUCCGCAAUGCCUUGCGUUAAAACUUACAUACUGCAUGGUUGCAUGUCCGAUUUGAUGUCGAUCAAGUGUUUGAAUGAACAGAAUGAGUGCACUCGUGAUACAUUGGCUGAAUGGUUGAAUCGUGACAUUUGUGAUUCGAGCGAAAUGUGAUUGUUCGAAAAUUCAAUUUGUAGUUUUUAAAUUCAGCAAUGUUUUUAAAAAUUAUUUGAAAAUAAAAAAAAUAUUUGAAUGUUUAUAA